UUGCUAAAUUAUAAUAAUUAUUACUGUUCCAAAAUAUUUAAAAAAAGCAGAAGCUUGCUUCGCGAACAAAAGAAAACUAAAUUUACGAACGCCGUAUGUGUGGCUAAACUUUCCAACGUUCAACGUUUGUAUUUUAAAACCGUGUGGCAGUUUUAUAUAGCGUUGUUUAGUGGGGGUCGCUGACUGAUUAGUUUAUGGAUCAUUUAUCGCUUAAAGUACUAUUCGACAGUCAGUGUAAUUAUGAUAUAGUUUAUGUGUUAGAAAAUUUGCUUUGAACAAGAAUUAUUCGCAAUGAAAAAGAGGCAUCGGAAUACUUUAAUCAAAAAUCGCGUAAAAUUAGCUAAAUGUCUUCAUCUGGACGAAGUUUUGCAAUAUCUUGUGCAGUGUGGCAUUCUUACGGACGUUACAGUUGAAAGAAUAACCUCGAAACCUACUAGGUUCUCGCAGAACGUUGCUUUCUUGACAUGUCUUCCCACGAGGGGUCCACGAGCUUACGGUACUUUUCUUGAAGCGCUGAGGAUUUCUUCUCAAGAGCAUCUUGUUGAUAUUUUAGAAAAGGUAGACAUAUCUAAUGCUAUACCCAAUAAUAAACCUAUCACCCCCACUACACUACAUGCGACGAUAACUUCAAACGUCCACGGUGAAUUUGUUUGUGCUCGGAGACAGCCAAUGGAAAUCGGCAAAUGCGAAGAUAAAAACGACGCCAAAGACGGUCACAACAGGCUGCGUGUUCAAAAUUCUACAGUUGCAUUUUUCAAUGAAACAUAUAACUCUGGAUACAAGAUGACCACGAAGUCACGCGGAUAUGCUCUUAUUGUGUGUAUAGGUAGAUUCAAUGCAGGAGUCAGAUUACCCGAUCGUCAAGGUACAGACGCCGACAAGAAAAAUCUUCUUGCAAUAUUUGAGCAAAUUAAUUAUAAAACCAUCUUGGUAGAAAAUUGCAAUAAAUUUGAAAUGGAGCGACGGGUGAAGCAAUUCGCUCAAAUGGAAGAACAUCGUAAAUGCGACUCGUGCGCUGUGGCUAUACUUAGCCACGGAAGCAAGACUGACAUUUAUGCGAGCGAUGGGCGAAGCAUUCCUAUAGAAUCGUUAAUCAAAAUGUUCGACAACGUCAACUGCCCUCCGUUGCGGAACAAGCCAAAAAUAUUCUUCAUUCAGUGUUGCCGUGGUAACAAUAUGGAUCAGGGAAUAGAUGCAACAGACGGACCGCCAACUUUGAACAGCGAGACAUCAGAUUCUUAUAACUCUACUACGCACAACAUUACUACUGAUGUUGAUAUUAUCUCAACAGCCAGUAAGCGUCUACCAACGAGCUCGGACAUGAUCAUUGGAUAUGCAACUUUACAAGGAAACGCUGCGUUAAGAAACACUCGCCACGGCAGUUGGUACAUACAAGUCUUAGUAAAAAAGAUUGCACAACACGCCCAUGAAAUGGAUCUUUUGGAAAUUUUAACUUUGGUAAACAGUGCAAUAAAAAGUAAAGAAGGCCAUUCGACUGACUUCGAUUCGCAAGGUGUAAAAGAGAUGUCCGAAUUUCACAGCACGCUGUGCAAAAAGUUGUUUUUCUACCCCGGAAUAGUACAGACGGAGAAAGAGUGAUUAUAAUAGAUAUAAGAUAACGUUAUUGAAAUUGUGUUCUUGUAAUUUGCGUUCCUAAAUUCCUAAUGUAUAUACAUAGAUAUAUAUUUAUUGUCUAUACUUUUCAAAAUAUUUAAAAACUGUUUAUACUCUUAUUUUUUAAUUUAGCGCAAAAUUCAAUAAAAUUUACCAAUAAAAAAAAUCUACAUUAUGAAGUAGUGUAUCGAGAAAGAUAAAAACCAUUUUAAUUUCAAAUGUUUGGGGCGACGAAAUUGAUUAUUACCCGGAUAUCUAACUUAAUUU